AUAAAAAUAAAUAAUGAUCCAGAUAAAAGUAAAAAAAUUGUUUCUUCAAAAUUGAAGGAAGCUCAGUAUUCAAUGGAGUUGUACAGUUGUGUAUUUUACAUUUACCAUAUAAAAUUUUUUAAACAUUCACGAUGGAAGAUUUGAGGCACACAAGUCAAAAUAAAAGAUGUCAUUAUAUCUUAUCUUGCUGAUUUGAUAAAAAUUCUACAAAAUGUAUCAUCGACUGAUAUUUUGAUAGUAUUGCUUAAGCAUCUUCAUCAGAUGGUACCAUCCAGUACCAUCUGCUCAAUCAUACUCAUCACUCAACAAGCCACUGUUAAGAAUUCUCCUUAAAUUUUGGUCAAGUGGAGAAGAAAAUGUUCGUGUUGUAUCAUUUUUAAGCAUCAUUAAAUUAGCAACAAGUCGCCAAGAAUCAAUUCUUGAAACUUUAUUCAAGACAAUGUACAUUGAAUACGUUGAAAAUUCAAAAUUCAUGUCACCAACUUCCCUGCCAGACAUAAAUUUCAUGAGACAUUCACUAGCUGAAAUUUAUCAUCUUGAUAAUAAUCUUGCAUACAAUCAUGCAUUUUUAUAUAUUUGUCAGCUGGCAAUUCAUUUGAGAAAUGCAAUGACAUUGAAGAAAAAAGAAAAUUUUCAAUCUGUUUACCAUUGGCAAUUCAUAGCAACAGCACAACCAUCAUCAUCACUGUAUUCAAAAGGAAUUGAUACAUUUAUCCAGAACAUUUAAAUGAAUGAACUCUCAAGAAAAGAAAAUGAAUUGCCAAGAAAGAACAAUGACGUUAUUCAACAUGUUGCAAGCAUCAAAUAGUAAUAGUGGGAAAAACAAAAAAGAAAAAAAAAAGAAAAGAGUACAAAAUCGUUGACGGUCCAAUUGUUGGAUGUAUCAUAUAUUUUUGAAGAAUUAAGUUGCCCAUUGCAAACGGGAUUCAAUCCCGAAACGUAACUAAGGUGUCGCUUCUGGUUGUCUAUUUAUAUCCAUCAACAUUUCAACAAGAUGUUAAAGUUUUUGUGGCAUACGCCUGGGUCACAAUUAUAAAGUCACAUCCCUCGUGUUGUAAUUAGCGGUAUACAAACAUAUUAUAAACAACAUAACAACAACGAAAGUUAUAGUGCAGUAUACAAUUAUUCAAAAACAACAAAUACAAGAAAUGUCGAAAUAAAACGUAAAUUAUUACAAUCAAGUGGACAAUUAUUGAAUAAUAAUAAUUUUAAUAAUAAAUUAAAAAAAAGUUAUUCAUCUGAUAAUGUUGUAAUAAGCUCACGUGGAUUUAAACCAUCAGAUAUACACGAUCCAGCUAAAAGACAUUUUCUUGAAAAUUUAUCAACAAAAAUACUACACUUUGACAUGGAUAGUGAAGAGAGGACGAAAAAAAUUGAUUUUGAAAAGUUGCUGAGACCAGCCAUGGAUGCAACUGACACAUGUGAUUUAUUGCAAUCAAAAAAAAAAAUGUAUGCUUCAUCUUGUUUUUAUGCACCGACCCACCCAACAGUGGAGGAUCAAGUUGAACUCGCUCGUAGAAUAUCAUAUUCUCUGAGCGAUGUUAAAAAUAUGAAGAGCAAAGGACAAUCCAUGUAUGUCAAUAGAAAAAAAAGAUCUGUCAAAUGGAUUCAUGCUGGAAAUGGUGAAGAUGGUGAAGAAGGACCACAAAUGCCAUUACACAGAGAUAAAACACCAUUGAAGUGCAUGAUGAAUCCAAAUGGUAAAGUCAUGGAUAUGAAUGGCAUUCAGGCUCUUGGUGAAGAGCCAAAUAUUGGCCAGAGUCCAAUCAAUGCUGGAAAAGUAUUUGACAUUGUUAGAGAUUUAAAUUGUCAAAAAGGACGAGGUGCUGAAAUAUUUGCAAAACGACGAAAAAGAUCAGAGAAAUGGGUUGUUCAAGAAAAUAAUGCACCUUCAACACCAGUUACACCGGUUAUUCAAAGUUAUCCUAAAAUGCCAUCCACUUAUCCAACAAAAAUGGAUUAUGGUGCAAAUGAAAAUUCAAAUUUCAACAGUCAAUCACCAAUGUCACCAGUGCAAAUUCAAAAUGAUACAAAACCAUUUUACAAUCCUUUCACUGUGGAUAUUUCACUUGGUACAACUCCAGCUCAACCAGAUAACAACGAGUCAGAUUGUAACAAGCAAUUGACUGAUAAUAAUUAUGAAAAAAAAUUAGAAAAUGAUAUUAAAAAAAUAUAUCUUCGUGAGGUUGCUGUUGGAACUGAGCAGGAUUAUCAAAUGAAUGGUCAUAAAAAUGCUCAUCAAAUUAAUGGUAAUUCAGGUGUUGAAAAAUCAAGAAGAAUGUCAUUUGAUUCUGAUUGUUAUCAGCCAGUUCAAUAUAAUAAUAAUAAUGGUGGUGGUGGUAGCCGUAAUUAUUCAAAGGGUGAUCAAAGCUCACGUGGUGGUAGUAGCUGCAACGGUGGUAGAGCUCAAAUGACAAAUGGUAAUUCACAAUUAAGAAAUGGAAAUUAUCAAAAUGGUAAUUUACAAAUGCCAAAUGGUAAUUACAAUAUGCCAAAUAAUAAUUAUUAUCAAAUGAAUCAUGGAAAUUAUCAAAUGGUUAAUGAUAAUCAACAAAUGAAUAAUGGCUAUCAUCAACAGGUCAUGAUGAAUGGUCAUUCACAAAUUGACAAUAGAAAUAUUCAAAUGAACAAUGGUUAUCAUCAACAAAUGCCAAAUGUUCAUUAUCAAAUGACAAAUGUCAAUCCAAUGACAAUGAACAAUGGUAAUUAUCAAAUGCCAAAUGGUAAUUAUCAAAUGAUCAAUGCAAAUGGCCAUAUGAUUAAUGGAAAUAAUUAUCAAAUGAACAAUGGAAAUAAUUAUCAAAUGAGAAAUGAAACAAUACAAAAUGGACAUGGAUAUUCAAAUAAAAUAAUGAAUAACACAUGUCCUCAAAUGCCAAAUGGAAAUAUUCAAAUGGCAAAUGGUUACAAUAAAAAUUCAAGCUCUCAAUUAAACAAUAGUCCAAAUUAUCAAAUGACUAAUAAUAAAAAUUCACAAGCUUCAAAUGGUCAUUCACAAUUGCGAAAUGAAAAUUAUCAAAUGACAAAUGGUAAUCAGCUUCAAAAUGAAACAAUAAAUGAAGAGGGUAAUAUUGAUUAUACACCAGUACCAGUUAAACAAUUGAUACAAGAAUUUGAAAAAACAUGUAGACCAACAUUGCAAUAUAAACAAAUGAAUUCAAAAGCAAUACCAGUUGAUCAACAUACUCCACUUGAUGAUCUUUCACGUUUUUUUGAUGUACCAAGAAUGCCAAAUAAAUUUGAUGAUUCAAUGAAUAAUAUCAAGCAGCAGCAGCAACAACAACAAGUACAAUUUUCCAACAUCAACAGCAACAACAAUGGAAAUAAUAAUAAAAUGAUUAUAAAUACAAAUGGCAAUGGUUAUGGUAGAAUAUAUCAAGGAGCAAUGGUUCCAAGAUACGAGUAUGAUUCAACUGACGGUGAUGAUGAUGACGACGACGAUGACGAUGAUGAUGACGAUGUAAUUGGUGAUUCAUUUGGUGAAUCAACAACACCUGAAAAUUGUAAUGAUUAUUACAGUGGACCAAGUCCUGGUUUUUCAACUGGUAAUCGUCCAUCAGCAAUGAGUGAUUAUGAUUAUCGUCGUCAAUUAUUUGAUCAAGCAUCUGAACAAUUAUUUGAUGCACCAUCUGGCUAUCGUAAUGAUGAUAUUGAUGAUAAAUUUAAUGAUGCAGUUAAUGAUAAUGAAAAUAAAAAUAAACCAAUGGUUAUUAUUCCAUCAGAGCAAGAUAUUAUUGAACAAAUAAAACAACUACGUAAAACACCUGUUAUUGAGUCACUCAUACCAGGACCAUCUGCUGAAAAACUUGGAGAUUAUUGUCAGGAUUUAGGCACCAAGCUACUUGAGAACACUUACAAUGGUCCAAAAAUAUCGAGUUUUCAAACAAAUUAUAAUACAGCACCACGUGGCUGGGAUCAAGCACAAUCAUUUUAUCGUCCAGUUACUUUUGCCAAAUCUCAAGAGCCAAUUGCUUAUUCUGAUUUCUAAUAAUCCUAUUUAUAAAUAAAAUAUAUAUAUCUACAUAUUAAUCAAGUAAUAUAUUCAUCGAAAUAAUUUUUUUUUUUUCUUUCUUUGCCAUAUAUUUUUU